AUGAAUUUCUAUUGUGCAUUGAGCCAGUUUCUCGACGGUAUUGAUAAUCGACAAUUGAAUAUUCAAUGGAUACGUUUUUGUUUUGGUCUUGCCAAUCAAGAGCCAAUUUUAUUUGAUCUAACAAUUGGUGAAAACAUAGCAUAUGAACUAGAUAAUGUUACAAUGGAGGAUAUUAUAAAUGCAGCAACAAAAGCUAAUAUUCAUUCUUUUAUUCAACAAUUACCGCAGGGUUAUGAAACAAGAGUAGAAAUGAAAGGUAACUUUUUAUCAGGAGAUAAAAAACAGCGUAUUGCUAUUGCUCGAGCUCUUCUUCAUCAUCCUAAAAUAUUACCCUUGGAUGAAGCUACAAGUUACAUGGAUUCACAAAAUGAACAAAUUAUACAACAAACUCUUGAACAAACUCACAAAGACGAUGCCAAUCGAACAUCAUUUAUCAUCGCUCAUCGUCUCUCAACUAUUAGACCUUUUGAUUUAAUUUGUGUACUCAACAAUGGACAUAUAAUUGAAAGUGGUACACAUACAGAAUUGGUACCAUGA